GUCAUGUUGAAGAGCGACAUGGUUCCGCUCGUAUCGUUCUUAGCCGCGUUGCGCAUCCUCACUGAAGCGCAAACGUGCAAUAAUGGUCUCGGAAAGCUCGUCUACGAACGGAUCGCAGACACGAAGCUGCGUGUCGGUUUCAGCAAUCGUCAACGGAGUGAAAUGAUCACUCGCACAGCGCAGCCCAUCAAAGUUCUAGAAGAAUGUAUACGCAAAUGCCAGGAAGACGGAACGUCGGUCGUGACCCAGUGUCUGUCGUUGGACUUCAUGCCGGGACGACUGACCUCGGCGACCGCAUCCACUCCUCCGGUUUUCGAGGACUCGGUGUGCUAUCUCUAUUACGACCAAUCUCAACCCGACGGCGACGAGUCGCUCGUCGAGCAGAGCAACGCGUGGCAUUUCAACGAAGUCUGUCUUUCGUCCGGAAAACUCCAGUCGGAAUGCCCGGGAAGACUGUACGUGUUCGAUCGAACACCAGGGUACAGACUCGAGAGUCCUGGCGACAAAGAAGUGAUCGCGACAAAUCGAACCGACUGCGAAGACAAAUGCUUAAACGAGUUCGCGUUCUCCUGCCGCUCGGCCUCGUACGAUAGACAAACGCAUCGCUGCCGUCUCAGCACCGAGACCAAGUACAUGAAUCCGCGGGACUUCCGGCCGGAUCGAAACAGCGACUAUCUCGAGAAUCUCUGUCUCCCGGCUUCUCAGAUGUGUACAACGACGGCCUUGAUUCUCGAGAGCGGAAAAGAGUUGGAUGGCGCUUUCGAGAGGGAAGUCGUCCCCGUCCGAGAUUUGACCGAGUGCUCGAACUAUUGCACACGGAGUCUCAGUGAGCGUGGCUACUUCUGUCGGUCGUUCCUAUAUCAGGACAAGGCGCGUCUGUGCACGUUGUACGACGAGGAUCCCCUCGACUUCACUCAAGGCAGGGAGGGUGUCAGCAAACCUCUCAAACCGAGUUCCGGUGACCUGUACCGCGUGCUGUGCCGCGGAAGCGAGAGAGCUGGGUUUACAGAUCGUAGCCACAGCAGCGCGCACGGUUCCUCGCAUCAGUUCCACACGUGGAGCCCCCCGUACGGCAACACCCUGCCCCCAUAUCCCCAUCCAUACCCCCCCGGCCCACCGGUGUCCCAUAAUUUCGUCGAUGGACCCUAUCCCCAGAGAAGAGACGGUUUCGGCGGCUCAGGUUGGAGCCCUACACACCCACCGUACGGGGGAUACGGCGGCUACGGCGGAGGAUACGGAGGCUACGGUGGAGGAGGAGGAGGAGGAGGAGGAGACUAUGGCGGUGGGGGUGGAGGUAGAGGCGGCGGAGGCGGCUACGGAUCUUCCGGAUACGAUCGCUGGAGUCCGGGCUAUCGCUCAUCGAACUACCCCCCGUGGGGAGGCGGCUGGAGCGAUCCGUACGGGACGAGAUUCGGGAUCCACGGCCGAACUGCUUCCCCGGCGAGUAGUUUACCCGUGCCUGCCGGCUCGACCGGUUAUGGGGGCAGCGGAAGCUACCUCGGAGGUGGAAGCAGUCCGGGAUGGACAUCGCCCUACAACACCCCCUACGGACCCCAUCAGCCUUUCCCGCCCUCAGAUCCUCUGGGUCCAAUUCCGCCCGGAUACGGGGACCGUUGCCGACCUUCAACGAAUGCUUUCGGUCGGGUUGGUUACGGCUCUCGUCUGAGAAGUUUCUACAUCCGGAGAGCUCUCCGCGUCGAGCGAGUUGAAGAUUGCGAGGCCGCCUGCGCCGAGGCCCGAGACAUCCAAUGCAGAUCUUUCAACUUCCGCGUCGGCGCGUUGAGUGCGCCCGGGGCCACAACGAGCUCAGGGUCCUCCCCACCUGCAACGCUCCGAUCGCAGCUCUCAAGCAGCUACGGCUCACCCGAGAACUGUGAGCUGUCCGAUUUCGACUCGAGGCAGCUGCAGCUUUCAAACCCCUCACAUUUCGACCAGACUUCCAGUUACGACUACUUCGAACGAAAUGAGCUCGCCGGCGGCGGCGGUGGUGGCGAUUGCCUCGACGUGAGCCAGUCGUGCACGCCGGACGGUAUGGAGUUCACCCUGAGAACGGUCGACGGUUUCUACGGCCGAAUUUAUACGUAUGGCUUCUACGAGUCCUGCUUCUACGAUGGCAACGGUGGCAGUGUGAAUGUGUUGCGCAUUUCUCGCGCAAACGGGUUCCCCCGUUGCGGAACACAGCAAUACGGAGACGUGAUGACGAACAUCGUCGUAGUCCAAUUCAACGAUUACGUGCAAACAGCUCGCGACAAAAAAUACAAUCUCACAUGUCUCCUGUCCGGUUUCAAAGAAGCCGUUGUUACGUCAAACUACCUGGACACACGUAUAGAGGGACCUUCUUCAAAAUCUUUCAGAAGGUACCCUACGCAGAUCGAGCACUUGAAAACUCAGAACAUCCUGACGUCGAACGUACAGCUGAGAAUACUGUAUAGAGGUGCCCCCACUACUACAAUUGCUGUUGGUGAUUUCCUUACAUUCCGUCUAGAAGCAAGAGACAAAUACCAAUUCGAUUUCUACAACGAUUUCUUCGCGACCGACGUGAUUGCGAAAGAUCCAUAUUCGGGAAGGCCAUUCCUCCUGAUUGACUCCAGAGGAUGUCCUGUGGACUUGGGAGUCUUCCCGGAACUGCACAAGACACCCGAUGGCGCACUGGAAGCCGAAUUCCAAGCCUUCAAACUCCCGGAUUCGAACCUCCUCGUGUUCCAAGCCACCGUGAGAACUUGCCGAGGACCAUGCGAGCCGGUGAUUUGCACGAACCGCGGCCGUCCGGGUACAUUCCCCUCAUGGGGCAGGAGACGGCGACGUGACGUCAACGAAACUGUUGAAGAUGCCAACGCCACUCAUCCCGAAGCCGCGCCUCUGACCCAAACCGAACCGAUGAAUUUGACAACCACCGACGCUCCGCCACAAGACGAGAUGACGCCUCCACCGACAGAGGCUCAGGAGGUUCACGAACUUCUAACCGUCUACCUGUCGAGGUCUGACAUACCGAGCAAGAACGUGCAGAAGGAACAUCCCGUAGCAGCCGCGAUGCAGAAGAGACCGACCGUUUGCGUCGCUCAGGCCGGCUAUUACGCCAUCAUGACGUUGCUGCUCGCCCUCGUGUUCACCCUCGUGGGCGUUAUAUUCGGGGCGGCCCUCAUUAUAAAACGGGUGCGAAUGCAAGCGAAAUUCUCUGGAGUCACUGGCGUGUCUUCUCCGUUCUUCGUCGGCGGUGAAGACGGUCAGAGCAGCAAGCAGUAUCACCUGACAGCUGCUCCUCCAAAGCAUCGAGUUCAUCCGAACGCGGCGAGGGUUGUUGAUGAUAUGACAGAGCCCAUCUACACGGAUCCUUCGCUUUUCGAGGUGUCACGCUCUCUAACGAAUCUCACAGAGCAGGGUUCCAGCAAGUAA